AUGGCCAAGAAUAUCUGGCAAAUCCCACUGGAGCUCUCCGACUUCAACAUCAUUGUUGCUUUGCUUGGAGGCUUCAUCUCGCUGUUUGGCCUUGUCUCGUAUCUGCUCAAAGAGCACUGCUACCUUUCUGAAGCCUUCAUCUCGCUCCUCGUCGGUGUUGCUUUUGGUCCCCAUGGUGCCAACUUUAUCCGGCCUACCGCCUACGCGGAAUGCUACCAGGAAGGCGUCACAGCCCAUCAGUGCGAAGACAACCUCAAUGGCAUCACCCUCAACUUCUCUCGCCUGGUCCUCGGUGUCCAGCUGGUCUUGGCUGGCGUCCAACUGCCCAGCAAGUACCUGAGACGCGAGCUCAUUCCCGUGCUCUGGCUCGUCGGCCCCAUCAUGACGCUCAUGUGGCUGGCGACCAGUCUGCUUGUCUGGGGUCUCAUCCGCCCUCCGAGCUUCCUUCACGCUCUUGCCGUCGGCGCUUGCGUCACACCUACCGAUCCGGUCUUGUCUGCUGUCAUUGUCAAGGGUAAAUUUGCCGACAAGAAUAUCCCCAAGGAGCUUCAGAACUUGAUUGUUGCCGAGUCGGGAACAAACGAUGGGUUGGGAUACCCGUUCCUGUUCUUUGCUCUCUACCUCAUCAAGUUCGUCGGCGCUGGUGCCACCUCGGGCGACGCAAAGGAUGCCAUGGGUCUCUGGUUCGGCUUGACUUGGGGCUACACCAUCAUUCUCAGUGUCAUCUACGGCGCUGCUGUCGGAUUGCUGGCAAAGUGGUUGCUGCGAUGGGCCGAAGACCGAGGAUUUGUCGAUAGAGAGAGCUUCCUGGUCUUUGCCAUUUCGCUGGCCCUCUUUGUCUUGGGCACCUGUGGCUUGAUUGGCACGGACGACGUGUUGGCCUGCUUCAUCGCUGGCAACACGUUUACCUGGGACGACUGGUUCCGCUUGGAAACAAAGGACGACUCGCUCCAGCCCACAAUCGACAUGCUUCUCAACGUGUCCAUCUUCCUCUGGUACGGUGCUGUUAUCCCGUGGCACGAGUUUGCCAACAGCACCGUCAUUCCUCUGUACCGACUCGCCCCUCUGGGCCUGUUGGUCUUGCUGCUUCGACGUCUGCCUUGGGUCUAUGCCCUCCACAAGUACAUCCACCAGAUUGAGCAGCACCGUCAGGCAAUCUUUGUGGGCUUCUUUGGCCCCAUUGGUGUGUCUGCCGUCUUCUACCUCUUCAUUGCCAUCAAUUUUGUUGAAGAACACUUGAGCGAUGAAGAUGGUACACCCCGCAGCGAUGUGACCGACCUCAUUGAGACCGUUCGCAUCGUCGUGUGGUUCUUGGCCGUCUGCAGUAUUGUUGUCCACGGCCUGAGCAUCCCGCUUGGCAAGAUUGGCUAUCUUGCGCCCCGAACCCUGAGCAGAGCUCUGAGCGAGAACGUCAGCGAGGACGGUCUCGGCAGCCGUCAGCUCAGCCGUCAAUUCCUUCCUGGCCUUGGACGUCGCAUCACGUCCCGCAAGAAUGAAGACGGCAACACUGCGGUUCUAGGAAGCCGCAUUCAUACCCUCUCUCGCCCCGCGUCGGUCAAAAUCUCUCGUCCUCCAUCUCGCCUCCGCGAUGUCGAAACCGGGGAUGACUCCAACGGCGAGGAAGUCUCCUCGGGAGGCGGCUCCCGCAGCCCUCUGGUCGAUCGGGGUGUCAAGCCUCUGAGCCGUCGUGAAAUCCGUUUCCCAGACGAAUAG